AUGAGCCGCGUCUUGGUGCCUGACGCGCUCGACACGAACAUUACAUCCAAUACCAAACACGACACAACCCAUUCAGGAUAUGCCAGCGUGAGACCCAAUACCCAUGAUUCGGAAGUUUUGUUCCCCAUGAAAUCAACAACUGAUAGUGAUAUUCCCAGCGUUGGUGAUCAACACCGUGGCGGUGCGGGCUCAAUCGUGAUGCCGAACGCUACAGCCACCACAGCGAACCCAUUUGAGGAGCCCCAACGCCGAAUCAAUGAAUACACUGCACAGGAAAUUGCAACAUUACAAGUCCGUCUUGACAAAAAGUUGGGACCCGAAUACAUCUCUGCACGACCCGGUGCCGCGGGGCAAAAAGUACAUUAUCUCUCUGCAGAUAAGUGCAUUAACCUGGCAAACGAAGUGUUUGGAUUCAAUGGCUGGUCUAGUUCGAUCCAGACUAUCCAGAUUGAUUUUGUUGAGGAGAACCAAAACACAGGCAGAGUCAGCUUAGGCUUAUCAGUGAUUAUGAGAGUUACCCUGCGAGACGGAACCUUCCACGAGGAUAUUGGCUAUGGGCACAUCGAAAAUUGCAAGGGCAAGGCCGCAGCCUUCGAAAAAGCCAAGAAGGAAGGCACAACAGAUUCUUUGAAGCGUACUUUGAGGAACUUUGGCAAUGUGCUGGGCAACUGCAUCUAUGAUAAGGACUACGUUUCCAAGGUUACCAAAGUCAAGGCAGCGCCAGGCCGAUGGGACGUGGAUGAUCUACAUCGCCACCCAGAUUUCGCACCAGCCGCCAAAAAGCAACCUCCUCCACCCAGACGUGAACCCGAAGAUGAGGAGAUGCCGCUUCCUCGUCCUAUACAGCAAGCGAGAGGAAAUAACACAGGGAAGUCGGGCUCUUUUGAUGGCGAGGGAGAGUUUGGCAGUGACCUUUUUGAUGAAGCCGAUUUUGGGGUAGCCGAGACGGGCAACCCGGACGAGAUCGUAAUAGACACAGAGUCCAACCAAAACCAACCUUCUGGACCAACAAACGUUCCGCCACAACCAGUACCACCUGUUCGGACACAUAUCAACCCGUCUGUCGUAACCCCUUCAAAACCGGAGCGAUGGAACCCUACAGGUCCAGUUGCACGACCUCUUCCCCCGAAUGCACGUCCAAACCCUGCAGUUGUUUCUGCAAAUCCAGUGCUCGGCCGGCCAGUUGUUGGCCAAAGCCCCGCCCAAACCAUCUCAAACCCCAGAGCAUCAGUUCCACCACAGCAACCGGCUGGCCCGGUCGCCCCUCACAACAAUAUAGGUCAACCUCCGAUCAAGAGAGAGAAUGGCCCAAUGGCGAACCAGGAUAUGAAUCCUCCGCAGGGCACCCCGUCCGGGGGAUUUUUCUCUGCCCGAGCAGUCGAUCUCCUCCGCGAAAAUCCAAACUCCAUUCCGCCAGGGGCCCCUCAAUUUGACCCUCACGCAGAGAGCCCGUCCAUUCGCAAGACAGCGGGUGUAGACCACACCAAGAGUAUUCCGAUCUCCAGACCAAUGCUAUCAUCUGCCUCCCCGGCACCCAAACCCAACAAUCCUCGCGACUAUGUCAACCCUGCAACAGAUCUCCAACGCAGAGUCGGCGCCCCCGGCGGUGGAGUUGGCAGUCCCAUUAACAGAGGCCAAUCAGUGUCAUCAUAUAAGCCAUUAACACGGCCCAACCCCGAUAAAAGGAGUGUUUCCAACCCAGUUACAGCGAACCGAGGCAUUGUGCAACCCGACCAAAACAUCAACGGAAAGCGGCCACCUUUGGUCGAUGUCCCGAAUAGCAAUGAUUCAUCCGGCGCCCAUCCCGGGGCCCCGGUUUCCGGCCCAAAUGAUCCAAAACGGCCCCGUGUGUCGGAUGCGGACUCCUCGGGUCCUUCUUCGGGACCUCGUCCGCCUACCCAGUAA